AUGUCGGACGAUUCUGCUGAUUCUAGGACGAGGGCGACGGCAGAAACCGCAUUCGAUUUGCAUGAUGAUCGCGAAGCAUCUGAUACACGGAAGCGGCCAAGAUCCUCUGGGAGCAAUGACGACGCUCCGUCCGCAAAGUUCGUAGGGGUGGUGCCCCAGCCAAAUGGGAAUUGGGGCGCGCAAAUAUAUGCCAAUCAGCAGAGGAUAUGGCUCGGCACGUUCCGGACCGAGAGGGAAGCGGCCAUGGCUUAUGACAGCGCUUCGAUCAAGCUUAGAAGAGGGGACUCGCAGAGAAAUCUCCCGUGGACCAAACUUUCGAAGCAUGAACACGAGUUCCAGGAUAACCUCGCUACAGAAGUGGUGUUGGACAUGAUUAGGGCCGGGAUGUACCGAUCAAGACUGAUGGCAUUUCUUAGGAACCAGUCAGGAAAUGAGGAGACCGCGGAAGUAGGCACCAACCCGAAGUUAAGAUCAAUGCCUACCGGCGGACAAUACUCGUGUAGGCAACUUUUUCAGAAGGAAUUAACGCCUAGCGAUGUUGGGAAGCUGAAUAGACUCGUCAUCCCCAAGAAGUAUGCCGUUCAAUACUUCCCUGGCAUUAUCGAAAAUGCCGGAGAAAACGCAUUGCUUCAUGGAGGGACUAAUGAUUUGCAGCUAGUCUUGUACGACAAGCUCAUGAAAUCGUGGAAAUUCCGGUAUUGCUAUUGGAAGAGUAGCCAAAGCUUCGUAUUCACGAGGGGUUGGAACUGGUUCGUGAAGGAAAAAAAGUUGAAGGCGAAGGACAUCGUUGUGUUUUACUCUUAUGACUGCAGCGAAAUACAUGAAAACUACGGUAAUGUCUAUCUGAUCGAUGUACAAUAUAAUGGUCAUCAUGGUCGAAACGAUAACGAGGGGAUCAACGAUCUGAAUGGAGUUGGUGUGGGGGUCGAACUGCCAUCGAAUUUGGGAAAGAAAAGCAGAUGCACAGAAGCCGAGCAUAAGGAAGAACUUGAGGAGGAGACAGCAAAGAAGUUGGAGGGUAGUAGUUUUAGGUUAUUUGGGGUACAAAUGAAUUGA